AUGCGUGGUAAAGUAGUAACAUAUCAUCAAUUGUUCAUCGUUAUUGGCAUUCUCGUAGGGCAGAUUAUCAGUUUUCCUGAGUUACUUGUUCAACACAAUAAAUGGCAUUGGGAUAUGGCAUGGGUUGGUAUAUUUUCAUUGGUUGAUUGCUUUCUGAUUUGGAAGUUACCUGAAAGUCCACCAUGUGAAGUUCACGCUGAACUCACUGAAAUUGAACGAGAAGAAGCAACAGCAAAUAUGGAAGAUCUUUCAUUGGUUCGAUUAUUCACUUCGUCUCGAUUUCGUUGGCCACUAUUAACCAGUGUAAUUCUCAGUGCUGCUGCUCAAUUUUCGGGUAUCAACUCGGUGAAUAUUGUGCAAAAUGAUAAUUAA